UUUCCUCAUCUUUCUCUCUUAAACCCAAUCAUCUAAUUUUCUUUUCCUUCAAAAUGCAUUCUACUUUGUCCACUUGGACAAUCUUAAUCACAUUGGCAUGUCUUAUGCUUCGUGCGUCUCUGUCCGAUGCUCAGCUUACCCCUACCUUCUACGACAGUUCAUGCCCAAACGUCACUAACAUCGUACGAGAAACCAUUGUCAACGAGCUAAGAUCAGACCCUCGUAUCGCCGCGAGUAUCCUUCGUCUUCACUUCCACGACUGCUUUGUUAAUGGUUGUGAUGCAUCGAUCUUGUUAGACAACACGACAUCGUUCCGAACAGAGAAAGAUGCAGCUGGAAAUGCAAACUCGGCUCGGGGGUUUCCUGUGAUUGAUAGAAUGAAAGCCGCAGUGGAGAGGGCGUGCCCGAGAACCGUUUCAUGCGCAGAUAUGCUCACUAUCGCAGCUCAACAAUCUGUCACUUUGGCAGGAGGCCCUUCAUGGAGGGUUCCUUUGGGGAGAAGAGACAGCUUACAAGCGUUUCUGAAUCUAGCUAAUGCUAAUCUUCCAGCUCCAUUCUUCACACUUCCACAACUUAAAGCCAGCUUUAGAAAAGUUGGCCUCGACCGUCCUUCUGAUCUCGUUGCUCUUUCCGGGGGUCAUACAUUUGGUAAGAAUCAAUGCCGGUUCAUUAUGGACAGAUUAUACAACUUUAGCAACACCGGUUUACCUGAUCCUACUCUCAACACUACUUACCUCCAAACUCUUCGUGGACUAUGUCCACGUACUGGUAACCUAAGCGCCUUGGUGGAUUUUGAUGUGCGUACACCUACGGUUUUCGACAACAAAUACUAUGUGAAUCUAAGAGAACAGAAAGGUCUUAUCCAGAGCGACCAAGAAUUGUUCUCUAGUCCUAAUGCUACUGACACAAUCCCCUUGGUAAGAGCAUAUGCUGAUGGCACACAAACAUUCUUCAAUGCGUUUGUGGAGGCGAUGAAUAGGAUGGGAAACAUUACACCUCUUACGGGAACUCAAGGACAGAUCAGGCUGAAUUGUAGGGUGGUGAAUUCCAAUUUUCUACUCCAUGAUAUUGUUGAUAUCGUUGAUUUUGUUAGCUCUAUGUGAGAAUAGUGACUCAAUAUGUAGCUACGAAAAAUAUAUAUAAGAUAAAUAAAGCGCUCUCAAGCUGUUACUUGAGAUUAUUUUAUUUUAAAUCA